GUGUUGAUGACGUCACUCUCGUCUCUGGGACUUUCCGGAUGCGUCACACGGAGCUUCCGAGUUUUUAACAUUAGCUCCGGCAGCUUUCAUGUGUUUAGAGGCUGUUAACGCGGAGCAGCACACGAUGAGCAGGGCAGAGAGCUGCCAGCGGCACUGACAGCCCUGACGUCGGUCCCCCGGUGGUCGGAAGCGACGGUUCCAGCGACAGGCGGGAUGUCAACAACACGGCCUCUCCUCGGAAUGCGACGAGUCCCCGAGCUGACGUGUCCGGAGCAGCCGACCAGCAGGCUCCCCGCGUCGGCCGGCAGACAGCCGCCGGAGGCCCUCACCGUGGACGAGUUUACGGUCCUGGAGGACAAACAAGAGGAGCUGAAAUGUGCCAAGCCUCGAGUGGAGCAAGUUUUUAAAGUGACGUUCACCAUCAUCGGUCUGCUGGACCACACGGGUCAGCCCCACGGCAGCAGAACAUCACGGCAGAUAUGGCUGCAGCUCAGGGGCAACAGAGACGAUGUGUCCAAGGCGAAGG